AAAAGGGUCUGUACCUUGACCCUCAAUUUUUGUAUUUAUUAAACUUCCUCCUAUGUUCCCUAUCUAAUAUUUAUUCCAGCUUCCAACAGUCUACAAGCUAAGAGUGCAGUCGACCGAGUCAGUCGCGCGCGUUUCUAGCAAUGGGGCUUAUAGAAGAUAUUCAGGGACCUGUGUCCCAAUACAUGUCGCAACUGUCGACACCGUCGCAAGUUGGCGUUGUCGCCGCUGGCGUUCUGUUCUUCUCUGUUUUCCUCAACGUUUUACAACAGAUUCUCUUCAGAAAUCCUAAUGAGCCACCGGUCGUUUUCCACUGGUUCCCCUUAAUUGGGAGUACCAUCACCUAUGGCAUGGACCCUCCUCGGUUCUUUAAAGAAAAUCGAGCCAAGUAUGGUGACAUCUUCACCUUUAUUCUCCUCGGAAAAAAGACAACUGUUUACCUUGGUCCCGCCGGAAACGACUUCAUCCUAAAUGGAAAGGUUAAGGAUGUUUGCGCUGAGGACAUCUACACCGUCCUUACUACCCCCGUCUUCGGAAAAGAUGUCGUUUAUGAUUGCCCUAACUCAAAGCUCAUGGAGCAGAAGAAGUUCAUGAAAGUCGCUCUCACCACUUCCGCCUUCCAGUCGUACGUCACUAUCAUCGCCGACGAGGUACAAAGCUACGUCAAGCGAUGCCCUGAUUUCAAGGGCAAAUCGGGCGUAGUCAACAUCCCUAAGAACAUGGCCGAGAUUACCAUCUUUACCGCAUCUCACUCUCUUCAAGGCAGCGAGAUCCGAAACAAGUUCGACGAGUCGCUGGCUUCCUUGUACCAUGACCUGGAUAUGGGAUUCACCCCUAUCAACUUCAUGCUUCACUGGGCUCCCUUACCCUGGAAUAAGAGACGCGACAACGCCCAGAGGACCAUCUCUAAGAUCUACAUGGAUACCAUCAAGGAACGCAGGGCAGCUGGCAAGAGCGAUGCGCAGGAUAUGAUGUGGCAUUUGAUGAACUCGAGUUACAAGGAUGGCAGACCGGUUCCCGACCACGAGAUCGCACACAUGUUGAUUGCGUUGCUUAUGGCUGGUCAGCAUUCUUCGUCUUCUACAAGCUCUUGGAUGAUGCUACGUCUCGCUUCGCGCCCGGAUAUCAUGGAAGCUUUGUACCGCGAACAGGUUGAGGCUCUCGGUGCUGAUCUACCACCGCUGACAUAUGAGGAUCUCGCGAAACUCCCACUGAACCAGGCAAUCGUCAAGGAAACCCUAAGACUCCAUGCGCCUAUCCACUCUAUUCUGCGCGCUGUAAAGUCCCCCAUGCCAGUCCCCGGAACUAAAUUUGUCAUCCCUACCAGCCAUACCCUACUUUCCGCCGGCGGCGUAUCAGCUACGGACCCUGCUUUCUUCCCCGACCCAGACCGAUGGGAGCCUACACGAUGGAGCAAGGAUUCGCCUAUCGCACCAACAAUCCGCAACGAGGUAGACGAUGAGAAGAUGGAUUACGGAUACGGACUUGUUAGCAAGGGUGCCAAUUCACCAUACCUCCCGUUCGGUGCUGGAAGGCAUCGUUGCAUCGGCGAGCAGUUUGCCAACGUCCAGCUACAGACGAUCACAGCCGAGCUCGUUCGUCUGUUCAAGUUCAGGAACGUCGACGGAAGCGACAAGGUUGUUGGAACUGAUUACGCUUCGUUAUUCUCGCGGCCAAUCGAGCCGGCUAAUAUCUUCUGGGAGAAGCGAAAUGCUUGAAGGGGAAGGUUUAGAAUCGGGAAGUAGGAAACGAGUUGUAGUAAAUACCCCUAAACACCUAGAGUCCUGUACAUACAGCCUUUUAACUGGAUGACGACCACGAUCCGAGAUAGCCCAAGAAGGGCAUGAGAUGAAAGAAAGACAUCAAAUAGCUAGAAUAAUAGUAAUAAUCAGAUAUGAGCAUAACAUACGUUUUAUGAAAUCAUAAACCCUUGUUGGAGUGUUGGUGCAAAUUUCCCGGAUUAAUCAUAUCCUUACCGUAUUACUUUGCAGAUAUUCUUCAACGUCUUAUAACAAGGGAGGACAGAUCGGGACGGGAAGCACCGCUGGUACCUGAGAACCCGCGUUCAUGGAACAAAAGCUUGUCUGUC